UUUCUUUUUCAAGCAAGAGAUGGAGCUAUCUCUGAUUGGCCUUCAGAAUGCUGGCAAAACUUCCCUUGUAAAUGUUAUUGCGACUGGUGGAUUUAGCGAAGACAUGAUCCCGACGGUAGGAUUUAACAUGAAAAAGGUCACCAAAGGGAAUGUGACAAUCAAAUUAUGGGACCUUGGAGGCCAACCAAGGUUUCGCAGUAUGUGGGAGAGAUACUGCCGCGCCGUUUCAGCUAUUGUUUAUGUUGUUGAUGCAGCUGAUCAUGACAACAUACCUACCUCUAGAAAUGAGCUUCAUGACUUGUUGAGCAAGCAUUCUUUAAAUGGUAUUCCCCUGUUGGUUCUUGGUAACAAGAUCGACAAACCAGGGGCUUUGUCUGAGCAAGAGCUGAUGGAGCAAAUGGAACUAAAAUCCAUCAAUGAAAGAGAAGUCUCUUGCUACAUGAUCUCAUGUAAAAACUCCACAAACAUUGACACAGUUGUUGAUUGGCUUAUAAAACAUUCAAAAUCAAAGAAUUGAAGCUCAAGUUCUGGCAUAUGAAUCCAUGUGUGCUGUUAAUACAGACUGCAAUCAAGCUGGUUGAAGUAUGAUACUAAUACUAUUGUUUUUUCCUGUUUUGACUGGCUUACACCAAAUCAGAUUCCAUGUCUUUUUAUAUGUACAUUAUUUAGAUUUUCAUCUGAGAGCUAUGCAUUAUAAUUUGAGAUUAUUACUCA